AUGAGUGUGCCGCCAAUAGUUACCCAUGGAUCUACGGUUAUCCUUGUUCUCGCAACAAUACUGAACAUCAUAUUCAUCUAUAUGAUACGAAAUGGAAUGCGCAGUGCCGUUGGUCAAGCCUACAAAAAUAUUAUGACCUGCUUCGCAGUGUGCAAUAUCACGUUCGCGUCCAUAGAAUUCAUUGUCAAACCUGGCAUUCACGUGUAUGGUACAUCUCUGAUCACGUUCAGUCACGGAAUGUAUGGCGUGAACACUGCGCUACUGGCCCUUCACUUCGUCUACAGAUACAUUUUUCUUUGCAGACAGAGUUUGCUGUGCAUCUUCCAUGGGAAAGCCUCCAUCGCUGCCGUAAUUCUAUCUGUGCUUUCAUGGGGCUUCGCCUAUGGCCUCAUCACAUUCUAUUGUUUUGCCGCCGACGAAAACUAUUACAAAUAUGCCAGUUCGUCGCUUUACGCAGAGUUCGGAAUAGAUGCUCGUAGCCUGUCUUUCUUCUGCAUCUUCACUCACGAAGUGAAUGGCAACACCACAACCAUUCAUUGGAUGUCAACAGUAGGACUGAGCUUGAUUUAUAUUAUGAUGAUAAUUACGUUUUCUGUCAUGGUACUUUGCGGAAUUGAAAUGUAUCGAACUCUGAAGAAGUCCUCAAUGAGUCACAACACCUAUGUCUGCUCAUUCAGAAUAUAUCAAUUUAUGCCAUUGGUUGUCACUAGCUACACGGUUAUCGAUCCAAUCGCGAUCAUGUUCCUUGCAUGUGAUUUCCGAGGGACAGUCAGCAAUCUGAAGAAAGCGCAUGAGAGACAUGCUCUGUAUGACAAAAGUAACUCAAGUGGACUCAGUGGCAACAACAAGUCAACAAUUUCCCAUGUUUUUCAAAAUAAAUGGUGCACUAUCAUUAAAUACGAUCGCAGUUUAUCAUGCAAGAAGUGUGUCUAG